UAUAGAAAGCGUAAACUAUGAGCAUAUGUACAGGUUCAUUGCAUGUACACCUGUACAGGCACCAGCUACUAUUAAUGUAAGCUUGGUUUGUCCUUGUUGAUAUAUAUACGAGGCGACACAGAAACUUGUUUAUCUCUGGCGUCUCUGUCUGCGUCCCAUGCAUGAAAGAUGCAACAGCAGUAAUGAUAGAUCCGGGAGUGUGCUUGCACCAAUGGCCUCGCCAAUCUGGGCGGGUUUUCUUUUAAAAUCACCUUUGAAUUUUCAUCUACUCCAUAUAUAUGCAUAUGUGCACAUGCAUGGGGUACGUUGAGCGUAGAUGCAUGCACCCUCCAUAUGCGCUUCAUGCGCUAGCUUCAGGAGCCAGCCUGCUAAUUUUGGUUAGAUUGCAUACUGUGCUAGCUUCAGGAGCCAGCCUGCUAAUUUUGGUUAGAUUGCAUGCUACUUACGUACGUACCUACUGUUUAUACGUAUAAGGAAAAUAUACUGACCUGAUGACGCCCGGGUGCGUUGUCGUAUCCAGCCGCCCUACGUCAUUCGCUUCUCUGCAAUCCUAUUCGUCCAUAUACUAGAUCGGUCCAGCAUGCAAUGAUAGAGUACAGUAUAUAUUACAGUUCUGUAUCAUUACAAGUCAAAGCUUGUCUGCCCUCCUCGCAUCGUUUGCUCGCUAGACGCUGGGUAUAUGUAGAGAUACACGGAUUGUCUCGUAUGCUCGACGUAUAUGCUGCUGGUCUUAAGUCUUAUUAUCCCCGCCUCGUACGUCCCGGCCUAGGUUUAGCUUACAAUGGAGCUACCUGCAGGUGAUCACUCCUACUACCACGGCUACUCCAUUUCUUUCUCCUCCGGUACACCACAGUACACACAUCAUCGGCGUGCCCCUCAAGCUCGAGCUCGUUCUGACAUGGAGGUCGACCACCAGCGGUUGUCGUUCCUCAUGGAAGCCACCUGCAUCACCAGCAACGACUACGGCUCACCUCCUCUGCAGGGGACACGGCCGGCGCCCGGCGACCACAGUGGAGGCAGCGAAUUCAUGGCGACUCCUGUCGCAUGGCUGGCGGUGGAAGCCCAGGGGAGCUCCAGUGGUUCGUGCAGUGCGCCGGAGUCGCCGCUCAUCGGGGUGCGGAAGCGGCCGUGGGGCAAGUACGCGGCGGAGAUCCGGGACUCCACCCGCAACGGCGCCCGUGUUUGGCUUGGCACGUUCGACACUCCGCAUGCCGCCGCGCUCGCCUACGACCAGGCCGCCUUCUCCGUGCGCGGCCCGGCUGCCGUACUCAACUUCCCGAUCAAGGUUGUGCAGGAGUCGCUGCGCGCGCUCGGCAUCGGUGGGAACGCCGCCGCGGGGGACUCGCCUGCGCUCGCGCUGAAGCGCCGGCACUGCAUCCGGAAGAGAAAUCCCAAGAACAAGAGGAGGACGGGCACGGCGGCGACGGCGGCAACGGGGGUAGGUGCUGCAUCGGCAUUGUCAACGUGCGUGCUGGAGCUGGAGGACCUUGGAGCAGACUACCUCGAGGAGCUGCUCACCUUGUCCGAUCUGUGAGCCACCGCACCGCUCUCAUCCUAUAUGUACAUAUAUGAUGUGUCCGUCAUGGUGAAUCGAACCGAGAGCUCCUGACGUUUCUUUCCAUGAGGGCGACGCCGUGUCAUUCAGAGGUAGCGGCGAGCUAUCGCGUCCGGCCGUUUUACAUGGCUGCGGUGCCCAUCACCGACUUCCAU